GCGUUUGGCCUCGAACAAACAGCCACAGCCCCUAGCGUGCACGGCCUUGCUGGCGGCUGUCAGGUAGCGCAGCGUCACUUUCUUUGCCUACAACACCAAGCCGACCUGUUGAAUUUCCCUUUCCCCCCUCUGCGAGCUAGAGCACGCAAUUCUUCUUCCCUGUCCCUCUGGCCCGGACUUCAUUUCUGCUCCACCGCACGGCACUAGACGCCCUCCUGUCUGGCCCUACGUCUACACCUCUCCCGAAUUAUACCCCCACUCACCACCCUCGACACUGCCUGCAAUUCUAUGCUCCCGGCCACGACCCCGGCGACCCUCAGAUUCCGCUUCCUCUUCUCCCACCAGUCCUCCUAGAUACCGGACAAGAUGGGCCAGACACUCUCCGAGCCCGUCGUCGACAAGAAAUCUGAAAAUGGCGAGGGCGAGUCACUCAUCUACGGUGUUUCCUCGAUGCAGGGCUGGCGCAUCAGCAUGGAGGACGCACAUGCCACCGUAUUAGACUUCAAUGCCGACGACACCAAGGGCACACCUACCGACAAGCGACUGGCCUUCUUCGGCGUGUACGACGGACACGGUGGUGACAAGGUGGCGUUGUAUGCUGGCGAGCAGCUGCACAAGAUUGUCGCAAAGCAAGAAGCAUUCAAACAGGGAGACAUCAAGAAGGCUCUGCAAGAUGGCUUCCUGGCAACAGAUCGCGAGAUUCUGUGUGAUCCCAAGUAUGAAGAAGAAGUGUCUGGUUGCACGGCAUCAGUCGGCGUCCUGACAAAAGACAAAAUCUACGUCGCCAACGCAGGUGACUCGCGCACUGUUCUAGGAGUCAAGGGCAGGGCAAAGCCCCUUUCAUUCGACCACAAGCCGCAGAACGAGGCCGAGAAAGCACGUAUCCAAGCCGCAGGUGGCUUUGUCGACUUUGGCCGCGUCAACGGUAACCUUGCUUUGUCGCGCGCAAUAGGCGAUUUCGAAUUCAAGAAGAGCGCCGAUCUCCCCCCAGAACAGCAAAUAGUCACCGCCUACCCCGACGUCGAGAUUCACGAUAUCAACCAGGAUGACGAGUUCCUGAUUGUGGCUUGUGAUGGUAUCUGGGACUGCCAGUCUUCUCAAGCCGUUGUCGAGUUUGUUAGGCGCGGAAUUGUUGCAAAGCAGGAUCUCGCAUCCAUUUGCGAGAACAUGAUGGACAACUGCCUGGCAUCUAACAGCGACACUGGAGGUGUUGGCUGCGACAACAUGACGAUGAUUAUUGUUGGUCUCCUGCAGGGAAGGACAAAGGAGCAGUGGUACGAGGACAUCGCAAAGCGGGUUGCGAAUGGAGAGGGUCCAUGUGCGCCGCCAGAGUAUGCCGAGUUCCGCGGUCCCGGUGUUCACCAUCGCAUUGACGAUUCUCCUGAUGACAUCGACAUGGAGCUCGAUAGCCGCUUCCGGCCGAAUAACAGCAAUGGUGGCCGCAUCAUCCUCCUCGGUGAUGGCACAGAAGUCUCUACUGGAGAAAAUGAGCACGAAAUGUUUGACAACGAGGAUGAGGACAAGGAUCUUGACUCGCAAGUCAACAAGUACAACCAGGAGGCCGACAACAAGUCGCGCCAGGACCGCCAAGGCACCCCGGGCCCUCAGCAUGAGAGCAAAGUCCAAGUAACCGAGUCACCGUCCUCUGUGCAGACUGAAAAGUCUGAUGCUCCCGAGCCUCAAUCGAAAGAGGCUCAAGCCAAGAAGACAAGCGAGAAGUAGCUUGUGCUCACUUGACCUGGCCACAGCAUUCACACAGGGCCAUGAAAGACCGACCUCGAUGCAUAUCAACAUGUGGUGCCUAUCUUACGAAUCUUUUUGUCUUGCAAGCGGUGACGGGUAUUGGUUUCUUGCAGGAUUAAAGUAGUGGGCCAUGGAAACAAGUCUCACGGAACCCAUGCGGGUAGUGUUAUGGAAUGAUACCUGGCGGACUAGAAUCGCCAUCUCCUAUGCCUAGCUAUAUCUUUUUUUCAUGAUACUUUUGUUCUA